AUGGCCCCUUCUUCUCCGAGUAACAAUUGUUUGCAACCUCUUUCAACCGCAGAGAAUGAUCUCCAGCCGUUCUUUGUUCUACAUAAAGCUUCACAUCACGGGAAGGAUAGGACAUCAGCAGGACAAGGAAAACCUCGCAAGAGAAAUAAGCUUUCUCCUUGGUCGCCACAGAGUGCUAAUAAACCGAAAGAAAGUUCAGCGGAAGAAUGUGACCGCCAUUUGUGUCAGAAAAAGCAGAUUGAAGCUUUUGAUAUUGUUUGGACAAAAAUUGAAUCUACCAUUAAGGAUGUCUUGAGAGACCUCAAUGCUAGUGUAUUCAAUAAUAUACAACAAUGGGUUAUGGAGUGCUUUGAUACUACUAGAUUAGUUGGAGAACCAAGCAUUACUGAAGCAACUCGGUCUUUUCCUGUUCUAAAUAAUACUACUCCUUUGAAGGUGUACAGUGCAUUAGUUAUUACCAGAAACAUAGAGUUUGUUGAUGAUGUAAUGACAUUCGAAGAGCUUGGCCUUUUCUUGAAAUCCCAUGGAUGUCACGUGGCUAUGCUCUCAUCAAUGGAGUUUUCGUUAAAAAAUGGAAUUGCUGGUUGCUUGAAAGCUUUAUUGCGAGAGUUUCUAGGGAGUUCUUUCGACCCAUCUGAUAUACAAACCUUAGCAUCAUGGUAUAGAGAACAAGACAACUAUAAUAAACCAUUAGUGCUGAUGAUUAAUGAUUUGGAAAGGUGUUGCGGAUCAGUCUUAACUGAUUUUAUCCUGAUGUUGAGCGAAUGGGUUGUCAAGGUGCCAGUCAUCUUAAUAUUUGGAGUUGCAACGACAGUGGAUGCCCCAAGAAACAUUUUUCCAUCACAUGCUCUUGAGUGUUUGUGCCCUUCUAUGUUUAUGCUUGUAACACCAGCUGAGAGAAUGGAUGCAAUUGUUGAAUCUGUUUUUAUAAAACAUUGCACCACAUUUAAUAUUGGUCAUAAAGUGGCGCAGUUAUUGAGAAACUACUUCAUCAACCAGGAUGGGACAAUAACAUCUUUUAUAAGAGCUUUGAAGGUAGCAUGCUUAUUACACUUCUCUAUGGAACCUUUGAGUCUCAUACAAGGGAGAGUUACCGUUGAAGAUGAGGUGAGAAAUUCUGGAUUAUCACCUGAGACAAUGUUGAAAUACUUGGAGGAGCUUCCAUCAUAUGCAAGGAAUGAAGAGGUUUAUCAGACUAAGAAGAGCAUGGCCAAGGGUUUGUCAGAAUUGCUGACAAUUCAGAAACUAUGGAGCACUGUAGUUCUCUGCCUAUAUGAGGCUGGAAAAUAUAGCGGAGUGCGGCUGCUGGAUUUGUUUUGUGAAGCACUCGAUCAAGUUUUGUAUCCAUCAAGGAAUUCUGUUUCUAGUAAGAGGGAUGAAAAAGACCAUGGUUUGUCCUCAAAAAAUGAUCCCUGUCAGCAAGAUUCCAUCAUGCAAAGUGGAGGUUCUAUUUGCCAGAUAGUACGCAAAGUGAGGGAUCUCCCUUCAGGAAAGCUAGAUCAAUUGAUUGAGAGAUGGGAAGAACUUACAGUAGAUAUUUCAGAGAUUCAUGAGAAACUGAAAGUCUUGCAAUCUUCAGUGAGAUGUAAAGAUGGAAAGAGUUCACGCAGAAAUUCCAAGGACAUUUCCAAGAGAGGUGUGUCCAAGGGUUCUAUAAACAUUGACCAGGACUCAAGAAUGUCAAACUUGCAAGCUAUUGCAUUUCUUGAUGAUUUAGUCAGGAAUUAUUUGAGGCCCAUUGAAGGAAUACCGUUCCAUGAAAUUUUAUGCUUCAAGAAUGUUGAGAAGCUUCAACUGGUUUUGAUUGGAGAUCCAAGGAGAAGGAUUCAAGUUGAUCUGUUGGAGUUCCAUAAUAUUUUACAUUGUAGUUGUUGUAACAAGAGUGGCAAAGCCCUAUUACCAUCCAUGCAUGAUUCCUCAAUUAUGUAUUCGCUGGCUCAAGAGCACGGAGAUCUUAUCAAUCUUCAUGACUGGUUCCAGUCUUUUAGAACAAUUGUUCUUCAACAUACAAAUAAACGGAAACAAAAAUCAAAGCAGACUCCCCUACCCAAAAAGAGAAAAGACAUGAGUGGAUCUGAAGAUCAGAAUGAAGCAUCAAUUCAAGCACGAUUUUGCAGGGGAGUUACAGAGCUGCAGAUCACUGGACUAGUUAGAAUGCCUAGCAAGAGACGUCCAGAUUUUGUACAGAGAAUAGCAUUUGGAAUUUGA